AUGGUCAUACAUCUGGCAGUCAAGUCUCUCCACAUUUGUGAUCUGGACAGUGGGGCAUCUUCUCCAUAUCAAUUUCAGUCGGAAGGAAAGAAAUCCUUCAAGUGGACAAGGAACAACAAAUGCCUGUAUGUUCUAGGACAACAGCUCAUCUGUUACGGAUAUAAACAUUUCCGAACAAUCCGUAACACAAAGCACAAACGACCAGCAACUUUUGAUCAUUGGUAUAUUUGCAGAAGUCUUCCUUCUAGGGAAAAAACCAUCAGAAAAGUACCUCGCGAUGAAAGCGAAAAAAAAAUGCAACCAAUCAUUCGCGAAACCAUCAUCCACGAAUUGCCGAAUGCACAUCAAGAGGCGGCAAUAGCGUGA